AUGUCUGAACCCGUCCCUCGAGUAUCAGAUAGUCCACUUGGUGGCCAAGAUUUGGGAGGCCAGAGUGCGUCGCUUGUGGCCGAUCCCGAUGCUAGUGACACCGACUCGGCACUGGGCGAGUCUGUUGCGGGAUCGUCAUACUCAACGUCACUAGCAUCGUCUGUGCUAAAUUACCAGUACGAGAACGGCCGUCGUUAUCACGCCUAUCGCCAGGGCAGCUAUGUCCUUCCGAACGACGAGCAAGAGCAAGACCGCUUGGACAUGCUCCACCAUAUUUUCCGGAUGAUCACCGGUGGCCCUAUUUUGCGAGCGCCGCUAGGGGACGCCAGGCCGCGAAGAGUACUCGACAUGGGAUGUGGCACAGGAAUUUGGGCUAUUGACUGCGCUGACGAAUUUCCGGAUGCUAUUGUUAUUGGUACAGAUCUCAGCCCGAUCCAGCCCUCGUGGGUGCCACCAAAUUGUAAAUUCUAUGUGGACGAUAUUGAAGCCGAAUGGACCUAUCCGCCUGUGGAGCAUUUUGACUACAUCCAUGGCAGGGCAUUGCUCGGAAGCAUUACUUACUGGAAAGAAUUGUUCUCCAAGACAUUCAACAAUCUUAAGCCUGGUGGGAUCCUUGAAAUCCAGGAUUUCCCAAGUGAUAUCCGCUCUGAUGACGAUACUCAGAGUUAUGUGCCAUAUCUAACGGACUGGCUCGAAAAGCUGAAUGAUGGGUUGGCAAGGAUUGGAAAACCCUCUCGGAUUGUUCAUCUAUUGAAGGGCUACAUGGAAGAGGUAGGAUUUGUUGACGUACAUGAAGAGAUGUACAAGGUUCCACUCGGUCCUUGGGCCAAAGGACGCAAAAACAAAGAACUCGGAUUAUUCUUCCUAGCACAUGCUUUGGAUUCAGUAGAAGCUUUCACUCUAGCUUUAUUCACCCGAGAACUAGGCUACAGCAUCGACGAGGUCCAGGUUACUAUUGCGCGAACAAAGAAUGAUCUACGAAAUCCUAGGGCGCAUCUCUAUGUGCCGUUUUACAUUGUGUGGGGGAGAAAACCAGGGUAA